AUGGCAGACGUGCUUCAGGUGUCACCUCAAGAUGCAGGAUCCAGCUCCUCGGGGGUAGGAAUAAGAUCCCCGUCGAGUCCCUUGCUCAGACUGCAAGCCCAACGGGGCGCCGUGAACCGGAUCCCAGAAUACCCAAAUGACACCCGAACGGAACUUGAACCUCUGUAUCGUGCUAGCCCUAGUGCUGAACGACUGUCGUCCUCAAUUACUGCUUCUGGGCAUUCGGUACAUUCACAGCUAGGGCAGAUCAAUAAUUCCCCUCGUUUCCCUGCGUCUGUUCGGGGCAUUGUCCUUGUAUCGGUGCAUGAGCUUCCCGAAAAAUAUCGCGCCAUAUUCCCUUUCCCGGUCUUCAACGCAAUCCAAUCCAAGUGUUUCCAAUCCGUUUACAGGAGUGACCACAACAUCGUCCUUUCAGCCCCAACAGGAAGCGGGAAGACCGUGAUUAUGGAGCUGGCGAUAUGCCGAUUGAUGAGUACAUCCAAGGACGAAAGGUUCAAGGUGAUAUACCAAGCGCCCACCAAGUCUCUAUGCUCGGAGAGAUUCCGAGACUGGAUUGGAAAGUUCCUUACCUUGGGACUGCAGUGUGCUGAGCUGACCGGCGACACCGAUCACACGCAGCUGAAGAGCGUGCAAAACAGCCAGAUCAUCAUCACCACCCCCGAAAAGUGGGACAGCGUGACCCGGAAGUGGAAAGAUCAUGCACGGUUGAUGCAGCUGGUCAAGCUGUUCCUCAUCGACGAGGUUCACAUUCUCAAAGAAGCCCGAGGAGCCACACUCGAGGCCGUCGUUUCCCGUAUGAAGACCAAUGGUUCGAAUGUACGAUUCGUUGCCCUGAGUGCGACAGUGCCGAACUCUGAGGACGUUGCGACAUGGCUUGGUCGCGACGCGACAAAUCAGCACCUACCCGCGCAUAGGGAACGCUUCGAUGAGAGCUUCCGUCCCAUUAAGCUGCAAAAGGUCGUCUAUGGCUAUCGGUCACAGGGCAAUGACUUUGCCUUUGACAAGAUGUGCAACACCAAACUUCCUGAUCUGAUCAAGGCGCAUUCUUGUAAGAAGCCUAUAAUCGUUUUCUGCUGCACCAGAAUCUCUGCCGUCUCGACGGCGAAAGAGCUUGCUCGACUGUGGUCAAUGUCCAAUCCUCCUGCCAGACUAUGGAAAGGAGCAAGCAGACCUCUGGGGGCCCAGAAUGAAGAUUUGAAGGGGAUAUUGACUGCCGGUGUCGCCUUUCACCAUGCAGGCCUUGAUGCUGUUGACCGGCGCACAGUUGAAACAGGGUUUCUUCAAGGGCAUAUCAGCAUUAUAUGCUGCACGUCCACUCUUGCAGUCGGCGUCAAUCUUCCGUGCCAUCUUGUGGUCAUCAAAGGCACCGUGGGCUGGCAAGGGGGUGGCUGUCAGGAGUAUUCCGAUAUGGAGAUCAUGCAGAUGCUCGGCCGUGCGGGUCGACCACAGUUUGACAAUAGUGCCACAGCGGUGAUCAUGACCAGAAAGGAACGCGAGUCUCACUACGAGAAGCUUGUCUCGGGAUCUGAGAGCCUUGAGAGCUGUCUGCAUCUGAAUCUGAUUGAUCACCUUAACGCAGAGAUCGGGUUAGGUAAUGUGACUGACAUUAAUUCCGCCAUCAGGUGGCUGGGGGGCACAUUUCUGUUCGUGAGACUCAGAAGAAAUCCAGCACACUACCAGCUGAAAGAGACUGCAGAUGGAGAUGGGGAAGAUAAGAUGCUUCGACAGAUCUGUGAGAAGGACAUUACACUUCUCCAAGAGUAUGGGUUGGUCACAGUUGAUGGCCUCCAAUCAACCAGUGUCGGGGAAGCAAUGGCUCGCUAUUACGUGCGGUUCGAAACAAUGAAGCAUUUGCUCACAUUGAAGCCCCAGUCUACUGUGUCACAGAUACUAUCCGUCGUCGCUCAAGCGGACGAAUUCCUGGACAUUCGUCUCAAAGCCGGAGAGAAGUCUCUCUACAAGGAGAUCAACCGCUCCAAUGGGAUACGCUUCCCCAUCAAGGUCGACAUAGCGCUUUCAGCCCACAAAAUUUCGCUUCUGAUCCAGUCCGAACUUGGUGCGGUGGACUUCCCGGACGGCGAACAGUUCCAGAAAUUCAGAUUUGUCUUCCAACAGGACAAGAGUUUCGUCUUCAGCCACAUAAACAGAUUGAUUCGGUGCAUCAUAGACUGUCAGAUCUCCCUUGAGGACGCGGUGACCUUGCGAAACGCCCUGGAGCUGGCAAGGAGUUUUGGGGCCAAGGUCUGGGAUACCUCUCCGCUACAACUGAAGCAACUUGAGCAGAUUGGGAUCGUGGCGGUCAGGAAACUGGCCGCAGCUGAUAUCACAAGUAUUGACGCGCUGGGGCAGUGUGAGCCGCAUCGUAUUGACAUGAUCUUGAGCAAAAAUCCUCCCUUUGGCGCGAAGUUGCUGGAGCGGGUUGCGAGCUUCCCUAGACUCCGAGUAGCCAUCAAAAUGACCGGCAAGGAAAUCAAACCGGCAGCGCCGGUGAGACUUCGCCUCAAGGCAGAGAUCGCGUUCAUGAACGACAAGUGCCCUUCCUUUUAUCUGAAACGUCCCGUCUAUGUUUGCUUCUUGGCUGAGGUAUCAGACGGCCGUCUCCUGGAGUUUCGACGCAUCAGUGCGAGUAAGAUGUCGAACGGCCAGGAGAUUUUGCUCAAUGCGGAAUUAAAGGACAGGGACCAAUUCGUGUCAUGUAGUGUUUCGUGUGACGACAUAGCUGGGACACUGAGAUCCGCGGUGCUGAAGCCCGAGCUUCCAUCGACACUAUUCUUUUCUCGUCCGAACACAAGGCCCGAGGCUGCUGCUGCGAAGCCUCUUAUCAAUGCCUCAAGCUGUAAUAGCAACGAUGGUUCUCAGAGCAAGCGACCCACUUCACAGAGUGUUAUCACUCUGGAUAGUGACGAGUCGUUGUUCGACGGGUUGCUGCAGGAAGGUAGGUUCGGCGACGACAAUUGGUCCUUGAGCACAUUGCCAGCGCCCCCAGAAGGCAAAACACAGAAGAAUGGCUCGGGGGAGAGCAAGGGCUUUGACAGCAAGGCCAAGACCAGCCACGUUGAAGAACCAACACCAAUGGAGAACGGCAGGUGGGCAUGUAACCACCGUUGCAAGGAUAAGACUGUGUGCAAGCACUUCUGUUGUCGAGAUGGGCUUGACAAGCCCCCAAAGACGAAUAAGAAACAGCCAUGCCUUGGGGCCGAAAAGUCGAAGGGGUUCAACCAAACAACCCUAGCAGCAUCGAUGGCCAGGAAGGAUGGGAAUACAGCUGACGCCGAGCUGUGUAGUGGUUUGAGCUUGACCAAAGAGUCUUCUACUUCUAUGAUUCGUAAGUCGCAGAAUGGUUCAGAUCAUGCUUCAGCAAAUGAGCCAGCGGAACCUUGGUCCAACGGAGGUCCCAACGAAGAUGUGUCGCCUGGCUUGAACGAAGGCAAACUCCUGAGAGAGUCUAGCGAUGACACCUUCAGCGAUUUCCCUUCACCUGCCGCUUUGUUGCUUGGGGAUCAGACAAAUGCGAAGAACGAUAAUGGUGGGCCUUGCAAGAAAGUCGAGAUGGACGAAGACACAUUAGACCUGGAUGACAAUUGGUCGGAUGAUGAUGUGUGGCUUGCUGUUCAGUCACCGGUUGAAAUACCUUCUUCCACGGAGAAGACUAAGGCUCAGCACACUUUGUCAUCUGAAUAUCGUGUUGACGAUUCAUCCAAUCAAUCUAAACAAAGGUAA